AUGCAGUCGCUCAACAUAACGCCGGAGCGGUUCUCCCGGCUGCUGCAGGACCACAACCUCACGCGGGAGCAGUUCAUCGCUCUGUACCGCCUGCGGCCGCUGGUCUACACCCCGGAGCUGCCAGGGCGCGCCAAGCUGGCCUUCGUGCUCACCGGCAUGCUCAUCUUCCUCCUGGCGCUCUUUGGCAACGCGCUGGUGGUCUACGUGGUGACCCGCAGCAAGGCCAUGCGCACCGUCACCAACAUCUUCAUCUGCUCGCUGGCGCUCAGCGACCUGCUCAUCGCCUUUUUCUGCAUCCCUGUCACUAUGCUCCAGUACGUCUCCGACCACUGGCUGGGGGGUGCCUUCGUUUGCAAGCUGGUGCCAUUCGUGCAGUCCACCGCUAUUGUGACUGAGAUUCUCACCAUGACCUGCAUCGCUGUGGAGAGGCACCAGGGACUUGUGCAUCCCUUUAAAAUGAAGCGUCAAUACACCCACCGAAGAGCCUUCACCAUGCUCGGUGUGGUCUGGCUGGUGGCAAUCAUCGUAGGCUCACCUAUGUGGCACGUACAACGACUUGAGAUUAAGUAUGACUUCUUAUAUGAAAAAGAACAUAUCUGCUGCUUGGAAGAAUGGACCAGCCCCGUGCACCAGAAAAUCUACACCACCUGCAUCCUUGUCAUCCUCUUCCUCCUGCCUCUAACGCUGAUGCUUAUCCUGUACAGUAAAAUCGGUUAUGAACUCUGGAUAAAGAAAAGAGUGGGAGAUGGUUCGGUGCUUCGAGCUAUUCAUGGAAAAGAAAUGUCAAAAAUAACCAGGAAGAAGCAGCGUGCUGUCAUUAUGAUGGUGACGGUGGUGGCCCUCUUUGCCGUGUGCUGGGCACCUUUCCACAUUGUUCACAUGAUGAUUGAAUACAGUAAUUUUGAAAAGAAAUAUGAUGAUGUCACAAUCAAGAUGAUCUUCGCAAUAGUGCAAAUAAUUGGAUUCUCCAAUUCCAUCUGUAAUCCCAUUGUUUAUGCAUUUCUGAACGAAAACUUCAAAAAAAACUUUUUAUCUGCAGUUUGUUACUGCCUAGUCAAAGAAACAGUGUCUCCAACACGACAACAUGGAAACUCAGGAAUUUCAAUGAUGCAGAAGAAAAGAGAAAUUUCCCGGAGAGAAAACCGGAAAGAGGAGACCAAAGGAGAAACAUUCAGUGAUGGCAACAUUGAAGUCAAAUUGUGUGAGCCACCAGUGGAGAGAAAACACCUCAAAUGACAUCCUGACCCAUUUAUUUCUGAACUUUCUACAAAGUGGAUUCUAAUUUACCAGUGUCUUCAUUAUCACCAUACAUAUAUAAAUUUUAAGAGAGAAUUAUUUUAAACAAAGAUGACAUUUUAUCAUUUAAAAUGAUGAAGAAACCUUAAAUCAUUUUCCAUAAAAAUAUGACAUCACACACAAAAACACAUUAUUGAAAACUUAGUAAGCCAUCCUUGUAGAUUAUAAAAGUGGAUUUUGAAAAAAAUCUCACAUAUAAAUAAAUGUUUUGGGCUUCUGGUUUUUAUUCCUAUAUGGCCACAGUAAUGUGACAUUCUGUAUACUGCUGAAUUGGGAGGAGAUGAAAAAAUAACUUUCAAAAAAUUGUAUUUCCUUGCAGAGACUGAGUCCUAGGCCUUGCAAAUCUUUUCUCCUCUCCUUCCUGGCCCAAGGCCAAUCCUGUAACCAUAUUCCUCAAAGUUGCAUUAAUUGGAACUGGAGGCGCUGGAACAUCACUUUGUGUCAUACACCUGGCUUUGUUCAGUUCACAUGGCAUUUGGGACAUAAAGAAUAACCUAGA